CUAGGUUUUUAUUUUUUUUUCCAUAUGUAAAUAUCCUUAUUGACAUUUCAACUUCUUCCUGUAAGCUUUUGGAGAGGGAAAUAUUUACACUUGAUCCAAAGUUUAAACAAAAUCGCUUUGUAACAAAUGACCAGAAAAAAUCAUACCUCACUGACCGAGUUCAUCCUGCUGGGAUUAGCAGAUGCCCUGGAGCUACAGAUCAUCCUCUUUUUGCUCUUUGUUGUGAUUUACACACUCACAGUCCUGGGGAAUGUGGGGAUGAUCCUGCUAAUCAGGGUGGACUCUCGACUUUACACACCCAUGUAUUUCUUCCUGGCUAACUUGUCCUUUGUGGGUGCUUGCUACUCGUCCACCAUCACCCCAAAGAUGCUGGUAGAUCUAUUGUCUGUGAAGAAAACCAUCUCCUUUGCUGGCUGCUUCCUGCAGAUGUAUUUCUUUAUUGCCCUGGCAACAACUGAAUGCAUCCUCUUUGCGUUAAUGGCCUAUGACCGCUAUGUGGCCAUAUGUAACCCACUCCUUUACUCCUUAAUCAUGUCCAGGACAGUCUGCCUUAAAAUGGCGGCUGGGGCCUUUACAGCAGGAUUGCUGAACUCCAUGGUUAACACAAGUUAUGUAAGCAGCUUACCAUUGUAUGGUUCCAAUAUCAUCCAUCACUUCUUCUGUGACAGCCCCCCUCUUUUUAAGCUCUCUUGUUCUGACACACGCCUGAAUGAAAGCAUCUUUUCCACUUUUGCUGGUGUGAAUAUGGUUGAAACUCUGCUGGUCAUCCUGACUUCCUACUCCUACAUUCUCUUCUCCAUCUUUCGUAUGCAUUCAGGGGAGGGAAGGCACAAAGCAUUCUCAACCUGUGCCUCCCACUUGACUGCUAUAAUUCUGUUCUAUGCAACCUCCGUCUAUACUUAUCUGCAUCCCAGGUCUAGUUACUCCCUGAGUCAGGAUGAAGUGGCUUCUGUGUUGUACACAGUAGUGAUCCCCAUGAUGAAUCCCCGGAUCUACAGCCUCAGGAAUAAGGAAGUAAAGAAGGCUUUGUGGAAUGUGACUACCAGGAAAAGAACCCCUUCAUUUCUGAUGCUGCCUGGUUAAUUUUUCUGAACUAAAUUGAGUAUUUAGUUAUUUCCCGAACAAAAUAAAGUUUUUGAUUAACUUCCAAGGGCUAAUUCAAACAUACAGGUUCUCAUUAGAAUAUUUUCAAAGUAAAAACAUUCUUUUAAUACUCAAAUAUCUGUAUCUAAUUAGAGAUAAGAUAAAUUAGACAAAUAAUAACAGGGGCAUGGAUGUUCUAUGUUAAAAUCAGUCUAUAUGGUCACUGGGUCUUUUAAAAUAGAACUUAUUUAUAAUGCACACUUGGCUGUAGAAAAAAGGAGAUUAAGUAUUUAGAGACAAAAGACACAAUAUCACACAGAACUAGCCAUAUAGAAUAUUUUGGUCCACCUAUUCAAUGUUUUCCCAUAUGCAUUCCUUUUUACCACUUGUUAAGAUAACUGUUAGCUAUCUAUAACAUAUUCCAUAAAUGCUUUGAAGUUAUAAUGGACUUUUUUUUUAAUUUAGUGAUAUACAUCACGGAAGGGAUGUUUAAAUCAAACUUCAGUACUAAACUUUUAUUACACUUUCAAGCUUUUAUCUUUCUAUUUCUCUUUCCCUAUCUAU